AUGCGAAAAAGCAAUAGUCAGGGGCUACCAAAUACGAGGCAAACGCUCAUUUGUGAACUUGCUUACCUGCCUGGUCGUGUUUUGCGCGACGAGGAGGCGCCAGAAAUUUGCAGCGUGCGGGAUGACUUUGCACAGGCCUUCACAGAAGUGAGGGCCGCGCGGCCAGAUGAGUUUCCCAGCGUCAUCAGAAGGUUCAAAAAGCGAAACGAGCACCAUGCGCUUCGACUCACCCUCGGCAUGAAGCAGUGGGGC